AUGGCCGUGAAGAGAAGCAGAGAAGUGGAGACGUUAGACAUGGCGAAAUGUCUAAUCUACCUCUCCCACGGUCUUAUUAACACCGUUAAUUCCACUUCCAAUCCUUCCCCCGUCCCCGCAUUCGAAUGCAAGACCUGCAACCGGAAGUUCCCGUCCUUCCAAGCUCUGGGGGGCCACCGGGCCAGCCACAAGAGGCCCAAGAAUUUACUGGGCUUGGGCCACAACGCAGCGUUCAACUUAGCAUCCACGAAGCCCAAAGUGCACGAGUGCUCCAUUUGCGGGGUCGAGUUUGCGAUGGGCCAGGCUUUGGGCGGUCACAUGCGGAGGCACCGAGCAGCCGCCGCCGCCGCCGCGAGUGACGGCUUCGGUCCCGUUGCCGCCGUGGCUCCUAAGUCGGAGGGUGGAAACUUGAGCAAGGUGCUGCCGCUGCUUAGGAGGACGGGGAGUUGCAAACGCGUGUUUGGGCUGGAUUUGAACUUGUCGCCGUUGGAGAACGACUUGCAGUAUUUGUUUGGGACGAUGGCUCCCAAAGUUUCCAUUAUUUGA